UUAACUGGUCUUGUGUUCUGCGCUGACAGGACGGCCGGGGUUUUGGAAUCGGUGUCUUGGUGUUCGGGAAGCUGCGGGGUUUCUCCUGGUGGCCCGGCAGGAUCGUGUCCUGGUGGAUGAGCGGCCGGAGCAGAGCUGCAGACGGCACUCGCUGGGUCAUGUGGUUCGGAGACGGAAAGUUCUCUGUGGUGUGUGUGGAGAAGCUCAUGCUUCUGAGCUCCUUCUCAUCUGCCUUCCACCAACCCUCCUACAACAAACAGUCCAUGUACCGGAAAGCCAUUUUCGAGGCUCUGCAGGUGGGCAGUGUGCGUGCGGGGCGGCCCGUUCCCUCCUGUGAUACGAGCGAAGAUGCGGAGGGGUUGGAGACUCAGACCCGACAGAUGAUAGAGUGGGCCAUGACCGGCUUCCUGCCCAACGGCCCGUCAUCACUGGAGCCUCCAGAGGGUAAAUCCUUUGAUAUAUCAUUCAUACGGAUCAGUUUUUGACACAAGUGGUCCUUC